GAGCCCUGGGAGGCGGGCCUAGGACGCCGCCAGCUUGAGGAAGAGAAGCAAAUUUCGAGUUGGCUUCGCCUUGGGCUCCGUGUGGGGGAGGGGCAGCAGGUUUUUCUCACUGUAUCUCUGAAUAUCUAGGCCCCCUCCACCAUGGCCAGCCGGGGUGGGGGCCGGGGUCGUGGCCGGGGCCAACUGACCUUCAACAUGGAAGCUGUGGGCAUUGGGAAGGGAGAUGCUUUGCCUCCACCCACUCUGCAACCUUCUCCACUCUUCCCUCCCCUGGAGUUCCGCCCAGUGCCUCUGCCCUCAGGAGAAGAAGGGGAAUAUGUCCUGGCGCUGAAGCAGGAGCUACGAGGGGCUAUGAGGCAGCUCCCCUACUUCAUCCGGCCAGCUAUCCCCAAGAAAGAUGUGGAACGUUACUCAGACAAGUAUCAGACUUCUGGGCCGAUUGACAAUGCCAUCGAUUGGAACCCUGAUUGGCGGCGUCUACCCCGGGAGCUAAAGAUUCGAGUGCGGAAGCUACAGAAGGAGCGGACCACCAUUCUACUCCCCAAGAGGCCCGCUAAGACCACAGAAGAUAAGGAGGAAACAAUACAGAAGCUAGAGACCCUGGAGAAGAAGGAAGAAGAAGUGACUUCAGAGGAAGAUGAAGAGAAAGAGGAAGAAGAAGAAAAAGAAGAAGAGGAAGAGGAGGAGUAUGAUGAAGAAGAACAUGAAGAGGAGACUGACUACAUCAUGUCUUAUUUUGACAAUGGAGAGGACUUUGGAGGUGACAGUGAUGAUAACAUGGAUGAGGCUAUAUACUGAAGCAAAAUCCUAAAUAACACUCAUAUCUGUCUUUAUUUGAGAGCUAGACAAUAACGAUUAUUUACUUUUAUGAACAACAACCAAAAAAACAUCAUUCGGUCAAAGUCCAGAUAACCUCCCUGGUCCCUGGAGACAGGAAUGGAGAAUGAUGGCAAAUGGCAUUAUUUCCUCCUCUUCCCCCUGCAUCACCUCUUGUGUUUUGGGGGAGGGGAAAGAGUCAAUGCCUUAAUCCUAUGAAGGGAGAAAAGAGCAUUGCACAGGUAACUGGCUUGUCAGGGCUGAGACAGUUGCGCACAUUCCUUCCCAACGUUUACAGCUUUUUGGGCAUGUAAUUGGGGGGUGAGGGGAAUUCGGAGGAGUAAGACUUUUUUCCCCUUCUUUAUUGUGGCACAUAAUAAAUUCAUUGUGGGAUAGUUGUAUAUUUUUUAAAUAAAGUGUUUUUAUCUGUC